CACCAAACAACAUUAAACCACAGAAGAAGAAGAUGAGUUUCUCAGCGGUCUCUCCCUGUAGUUUUGUCUUGAUGCUGUUUUAAUAAAAACUGUUAGAAAUGCAGCUGCUGUAAAUAGAAAAAUACAGUUUUUGAAUCAGGUCAAUAAAAACUUGUAAUAUUCUCAUUCCCAUAGUCGUGACUACGUUUUGUAAUAAGCAGGAAUAUCUGAAGGAGUAUCAUCUGAACUGAGAUCUGCUGCUGUGAAGAUGGAGUUUAUUAAAGACAUCAGUGAACUACAAACCUGCAGAAUAAAACAAGAGGAACCAGAAACAUUGAGAAUAACACACAAGGAACCAGAACCCUUGAUAAUAAAACAGGAGGAAACACAAACCUGGAGAAUAAAAGAGGAGGAACAGGGAGAGUUGACUGAAAAAAACGAGGAGAGCGAAGAAUUGAGUGAAGUUGAGGAGAAAAAUCAUGCUGAAACUGGAGAAAAACCAUUGAGUUCCUCUCAAACCAAACAGAGAGAUUUAAAGAAAACAAGAGCCAUGAAAUCUUUCACCUGCACUCAGUGUGGAAAGAGAUUGACAAGCAAAUAUAAAUGUGCUGUUCACAUGAGGAUUCACACCGGAGAGAAACCAUACAAGUGUUCACACUGUGACAGGAGAUUCAGUCGUUUAGGACACCUGAAAACACAUGAGAGGAUCCACACCGGAGAGAAACCAUACACAUGUGAUCAGUGCGGGAAGAGUUUCAAACAAAAAGAGCACCUUAAAGGGCACAUGAGGAUUCACACCGGAGAGAAACCGUACACAUGUGAUCACUGUGGGAAGAGCUUUGGACACGCUGCUAAUCUUAAGGAUCACAUGAACAUUCACACGAGAGAGAAGCUGUACUCAUGUGAUCAAUGUGACAAAACAUUUCUGAGGGCAUCACACCUAAAGAAUCACCUGAGAGUUCAUUCAAAGGAGAAACCACAUUCGUGUCAUUUGUGUGGGAAGAGUUAUUCACGUCUACAUUAUUUUAAAGUACAUCAGAAGACACACGCUGCUGUGAGAGAAGAGUACAUGUGCUUCGACUGUGAGAAGACUUUUACUUCAGCUGAACAUUUGAAACGACACCAUCUUCAUCUUCGAAUCCAGCAGAUUCUACUGAGAGAUUCAGAUUAA